GAGGUUCUACUUUACCUUUCUUUAGGUGUCUUAUAGUACGUUAUUUCCAGUUCGUUGCUUAAAAGCAGUUCGGCAAAAUUUUAGUCUAAAUUUAAGCGUUCGUAUUAUUUCUGCGGUAUAUGAAAUUUUACUUCUCGAAUAUAGGUCAAAAGAUGUUUGGUAAAUCCAACCAAUCUACGAUAUAGAUUAUAAAUUCUACAUCCAUACAUUCCGAAGUAUAGCAAUUUCUUGUUACCACAAAAUUUUGGUACACAUAUGUUCGGCAUUAUUUAUUAUUCGGAACUAAAAAAGUUACAAAAUGAUUGUCACCGUCAAAAACUUGCAGCAACAGACGUUCACAAUUGAGUUCGAUCCUGAAAGGACGGUAUUCCAAUUGAAGGAGAAAAUCUGUGACGAGCGCGGAUCCGAUUAUGUUGUAGGAAAACAAAAGCUCAUAUAUGCUGGUGUAAUACUUGAUGACAAACGCACCAUAGCAUCAUACAACAUAGAUGAAAAGAAAUUUGUUGUGGUAAUGAUUAAACGCGAUAUUGGAAAUUAUGUACAAAAACCAGACGAGGGCGGUGCAUCCACAUCUACUCCAAUAUCAUUAAUCACUGAUAAUGAAACUGUAAAAGAAAACCCGAAGGAACGUAAUAUCUCUGUGAAAGAUGAAUCCAAGCAUAAAUUCGUAGGUAAUAGAAGCUCAGACCAGGAUAAAAAAUCUGUGGAGAAUGGAGGUAGGAAUAUUAACAAGAAGGUUGCUGUUUUAGGCUCUACUGGAAACAAUGCAAGCGUUUUAGCGAAGGGAUCUGGUGCAUUUCUUUCUGGAACCACUGUUGGCUCUGAUAGUUCCGAAACUAGUCAAAGCUCUUUCUCGAGCGGUGAUAUUGCUGGUUUUCUCUCAAAUACAUCCCUACAAUCACGAGCUGAAUCAAAUUUACUCAUGGGAGAAGAAUAUAAUCGCACAGUUGCAUCAAUGAUUGAAAUGGGCUAUUCUCGUACAAUGGUCUUAAGCGCUAUGGCAGCUAGUUACAACAAUCCAGAAAGGGCAGUAGAAUACUUAAUUAGUGGAUUACCAGAGGUUUCAGACGGAUUCAAUGCAACCACAGCAGCUGUUGGGGAAGAUAAUCCAGACAAUAGUGCUGCGGGUGAUGGGGAAACACCUCGCACGAAUAGUGAUGGCGGUGAGGAUGUCGAACCGCCAAACCAUAUUUGCAGCAUUGAUGACAGCUUGAGUUCCCGUGACGGGGAAUACGGUCAACACUCUUCGGAAAGCCAUAAUGCAUCAUUAGGUAAUGUGUUGCGUCCUGCCCAUGAAAAUCCAUUUCGGUUUUUACGCAAUCAACCUCAGUUCUUACUGAUGCGCUCGUUAGUGUAUGAGAAUCCCGAUUCAUUACAUUCACUGCUUCAGCAAAUUGGGCGGACUAAUCCUCCUCUGCUUCAACUGAUAUCGGAAAACCAAGAAGCUUUUUUAAGCAUGCUUAACCGAUCAAGGGAACGGCAAACUGGUACUAACCGCCAAAAUCCUCCUCCUGACAUGACAGAAAGGGGUGCACAGCUGGCAGCUGGUGGUGAUGGUUGGCAUAUACGACCUCUUGAUACAACUCAAGGAGCAGGUGGUGAUGCCCCUGCUCCACAACAACGCCCUGGAGAAAGUGGCGAUGCAAGGUCGCAUACCUUAUCAAAUCACAUUCGACCACCUCGUUCAGAUACAGCAGCAGAACACCGUGCUGCCAUUGCUGAAGCCUUCAUGCGCGAAAGAGCUGCUGCUGCAGCUGCAGUAGCGGAAUUACUUGCUACUGCUUCGGCCGCGGUCGGACGUGAUCCGAAUGAAGACUGUGGCAGUGCUACAAAUACAACAGCUACUAAUAAUGUGUCUGACUCAGGCAUUUCGGAGAAUGGUUCUGUUCGUCUAACACAGCAUGACAAAGAAGCGGUUGAGCGUCUUACAUCUCUUGGAUUCCCUGAAGGUCUGGUAUUGCAAGCGUAUUUUGCGUGCGAUAAAGAUGAGCAGUUGGCCGCUAAUUUUUUGAUAUCUUCAACAUUUGAUGAUUAAAAAAUUGAUUGAUCUUUAUAAACCGUAUCUACAUAAUUAAUGCGAUAUAAACAAUUCAACUGCCAAUUAUAA